AUGAAUUCAGUUGUUGAAGAUAAUACGGCGCUUAUGCCUGGAUCAGUACGUGAAAUUUCUGGAGUGGUAAAGAAUUUCUUUUUUGCCCGUAUAUUUUUAACAUAUGUAGAAAUGUCAUUUUCAGCUAAAACGUUGGAAAACGCAGAGAAAUGGGAAGGAAAUUGGACAAAUCCACAACAAGUGUGUAGCAUAAUAGGUGCAUCAGUAAAAGGUGGGAUUGGACCAUUUGGUCUUCCUCACACUUGCCUUCUAGUGAUUAUGACAAAACCACUUUGUGGAGCCUUCUUGAAUGUCCCUCUUCAAGAGAAAUUGUCAUUGAGGACUUUGAUUGAUCACUCAAUAGUGGAGAGCUUUGGUGGAGAAGGAAAGGCUUGCAUUACAGCUAGGGUUUACCCAACUAAUUUAGCAGUGGAUGGUGCAACCCAUUUAUAUUUCUUCAACAAUGGUUCCCAGAGCAUUCACAUCUCUAAGUUUACUGCUUGGACCAUGAAAUCAGCUCAAAUCAAUUGA